CUGCUCUUCGAUAUGUUUUUCAGUGUCGGGUGGAGUCGACAUCCCGUCGCAUCCCUGCGGGCAAGGAGGAGGAUUCUUUUCUUUUUUUUUUGUAACAUAUUAGUUUUUCACUGACUGUUGCUGCCAAGACAGCCAAGUUCUCCCAGAAGAUGACGACGACAACCACCUUUCAAGGAAUGGACCCUGGUGCUAAGAGCAGUUCCAGGGUACUGCGACCGCCAGGUGGGGAUUCCAACUUCUCUCUUGGCACGGAUGAAAACACAACUCCCCAACGCAAGAACAAGAUGGCAUCGGCUAUCUUUGCAGAACCCGACGACCCCCAUGCUCAUCGAAGGAACAACCCACCUGCCGGGUCACCCUCAGGAACCCUGUGCGGGGAGCCCUCGGCCCCUCUGAGGCGGUGCCAGCAGCCCCUCCUCUUCCCCAAGAACCCCCAGCCAGAACUGACCACCAUCCACAACUCUGGAGCCGCCAUGGUGUGGAACCAGAGACGAGAGGGUGAGAAUGGCCAAGAACCAGCAAACGAUGAGUGUCCGGAUGACGUGGAGGGCGAGCACGAGGAGCAGGAGCAGAAGGAGUCGUCGCAGCCCUCCGCCCCGUCGGCAGCUGCCAACAACGGCUCAGGCGGCCGGAGAAACCCUCCCGGUGGCAAGUCCAGCCUCAUCCUGGGUUGAGACCGCGUUUCUUUUUCUUUACUUUUCUUUUUUUUUUGUUUUUUUCAUUCGAGCGCUUUUUUAUUUUUGGAAAAUAAAUACCCAUACCACUCUCUCCCUCUUCAUCAACAUCUCACCGUCUCCCCCCCCCCUCCCACACACACACACACACACACACACACACACACACACACACACACACUCAUCCAUCACGUCUGCGGACCCCCUCAUGUCUCGUCGCUCCACCUGUAAGCCUUUUGUUUUGAUCCUUUUUUCUAUUAAAUAAAAAAAAAACAAAACUGUUGACAAAAGCACUUUAUGUAUCUCGCCCCGCCCUCGUCCAUCUCAGCCCAUCCUGUAGUGCACUGCGCCUGCUGGGAAAGGCAUGACGUCUAGCUUGUCCCCCAUUCUUCCCCGUU